ACAGCCGGUAGUUGGGGAACCCCGGCGGGUGGCCUCCGCCCCCUCCCCUCGGGGAGGGCGGGGCCGGGAACCCUGACAGAGUUUCUCCGCAGGGGGCGCGGGCGCCGGCCACGCGGACAUGAGGUGGAGGCUGCGCCUACGUGGGGACGCGUUGCUCACGCUGAUCCUGGGCGCCGCCCUCAGCCUCCUGCUCUAUGCGCAGCGCGAUGGCAGAGCUCCCACCACUAGAGCGCCGCGAGUGCAAGGGAGGGCAGCGCGGGGUCCCACCCCCCGGCUCCGUGUAUUCCAGGCGCCGGACGCGGGCGCAGCCCUGCAGGUCUAUGAAGAGGAUACGCCGGAGCCGCCCACGCCCACGGGACCCUUUGACUUUCGCGGAUACCUGCGUGCCAAGGACCAGCGACGCUUCCCCCUGCUCAUUAACCAGCCGCACAAGUGCCGAGGCGAUGGCGCACCCGGCGCAGGACCCGACCUACUCAUCGCGGUCAAGUCAGUGGCGGCCGACUUUGAGCGGCGCCAAGCUGUGCGCCAGACGUGGGGGGCGGAGGGUCGCGUGCAAGGGGCGCUCGUGCGCCGCGUGUUCUUGCUGGGCGUGCCCAAGGGCGCAGGCUCAGACCCAACAGAAGCGGAGGGGACAGGCUCGCAAGCGCGCUGGCGCGCCCUACUGCGUGCUGAGAGCCGCACCUACACAGACAUCCUGCUUUGGGCCUUCGACGACACCUUCUUCAACCUAACGCUCAAGGAGAUCCACUUUCUGGCCUGGGCCUCAGCCUACUGCCCCAACGUACGCUUCGUUUUUAAGGGCGACGCGGACGUGUUCAUGCACGUGGGAAACCUGCUGGAGUUUUUGGCGGCGCGGGACCCGGCGCAGGACCUGCUUGUGGGUGACGUGAUCGUACAGGCACGGCCGAUCCGGGCGCGAGCCAGCAAGUACUACAUUCCCGAGGCUGUGUAUGGCCUGCCGGCGUACCCGGCCUACGCUGGCGGAGGCGGCUUCGUGCUUUCGGGGGCCACGCUCCGCCGCCUGGCCGGUGCCUGCGCCCAGGUUGAGCUCUUCCCUAUUGACGAUGUCUUUCUGGGGAUGUGUCUGCAGCGCCUUCGGCUCACACCUGAGCCUCAUCCUGCUUUCCGCACCUUUGGCAUACCCCAACCUUCAGCUGCGCCGCACCUGCGCACCUUUGACCCCUGCUUUUACCGUGAGCUAGUUGUAGUGCAUGGACUAUCAGCCGCUGACAUCUGGCUAAUGUGGCACCUAUUGCAUGGUUCGCCUGGGCCAGCCUGUGCACAUCCACAGCCUGUAGCUGCUGGCCCCUUCCAGUGGGGGCCGUAGUAACAUGUCACAGCCCAAAGCUCCCCUCAUUCAGAUCCAGGAUGUAGAAGGGAAGUUUCCCAGGUGGAUUAUUGCAGGGUAUGUGGUUCUUCCCCAAAAAGGGGCAUAAGAGUUCAGGAACCAGCUGGUGUCAUAUGUCUGCUUCCUCAGGGUUCCAGGGAAUGAAGAUUGAGCUUGGUUCCUGUCCCCCUACUUGGGAGCUGAUCUGGAACCAUCUAAUAACAAACCUUUGAGGAGUAGGGGGGAGGGGAAUGUGGGUGUGUGUCUCGAGAAGUGGCAGGGACUCAUGGACUCUGACCACACAACUUGGUUUGAAACCCCGAGGAUGCACACAUACAGGCCUUUCUCACAGCUACAUCCCACAAGGAGGUGUGGGAUCUGGCUUCAGCCUUCAUGGAACCGGCAGACAUGCCAUUAACACUCAAUCCGAAAGUAGGCAUUUUGUUUCCCAUCUGUCCCUCCAAAUUGUAUUUUCAGCCUUGCCAAAGUCUUUAGAUCUCCUUUUGAGAAGACACCCCCUUCCUGGGCCCUGGUUUGGUUGCAACAGCAGGGAUCGAGACACACAGGGACAACUAAGUCUUUCCCCACCUCCAACUAACCCAUACCCACACAACUAGGGCAAUCUCGUGGAGGCUGUAUUUUUCUUUUUGAAGGCAGUAU